GGUUACAGCCAGAGUUAUUACGAGCUGUGAAGGUUUGUGGUUCGUUCCCGGGAGUGUCGUGUCUGCUUUCACGACUUAUCAUAAACUCUUGUUCGAUUUAGGGAUAUUUAAAGCCGAGGACAUAUGCGACGCUCGAAGCGAAUGCGCUGUCCUGAUGGACGCAGGACGGAGGAGUGGAGCUGGGAGGAGGAUGAGGAAGAAGACGACGACGUCAGGAGUGUCGAGGCCCACAAGCGCCCGAAGAGGGACUUUUACAGCAGUGAGAGAAACAGGAGACCAGGACGGAACCAUCACUACAGAACAUAUGAAAGGUGCAAGAAAAGCUUUAGGGGGCUCGAAUACGCCGAGCGGAGCGCGCCAGAGCCCGGUCUAAAGACACGGGGACAUGAGAAGAGAGCGACCGACCGAGGUGUUCCUGAGAAGAAGCAGGACAAGGACCGACAUUGGCACAACUACAGCAAAUCCCUGGCUCAGUACGGUAGCAGAGAACAUCAGCACUCCAAGCACUACGCCAGCCGUUCACACUCGAAAAGUCAUCGGCGGAAAAGAAGCAGGAGUUAUGAGGAUGAUGACGAAGGUCACCUGAUCUAUCACAAAGGACAAGUGAUAAGAGCAAGAUAUGAGGUUGUGAGCACUGUAGGUGAAGGAGCCUUUGGAAAAGUAGUAGAGUGUAUUGACCAUACAAAAGACGGCGUCAGGGUGGCCCUGAAGGUCAUCAAAAGUCAGAAACGCUACCGUGAAGCAGCUCUCAUCGAGGUGGAGGUGCUGAAACAGAUGAAUGUUUUGGACUCUGAAAAUCAGUUUGCGUGUGUGAGGAUGCUGGACUGGUUUGACCAUCACGGUCACAUCUGCAUCGUGUUUGAGCUGUUGGGACUGAGCACAUACGACUUCCUGAAGGAGAACGACUACAUGCCCUUUAGUGUCGAGCAGAUCAGACACAUGGCGUUCCAGAUCUUUAGAGCUGUGCUCUUUCUUCAUCAGAAUAAGCUAACACACACCGACUUGAAACCUGAAAACAUUCUGUUUGUGGAUUCAGACUGUGACGUAGAAUACAAUGCCAAGUUGAAGCGGGAUGAGAGGACGCUAAAGAACGUCGACGUGAAGGUUGUUGACUUCGGAAACGCUACGUACGACCACGAGCACCAUACUUCAGUGGUGUCGACACGUCACUACAGAGCGCCCGAGGUUGUCCUAGAGCUGGGCUGGAAUCAGGCGUGUGAUGUUUGGAGUUUGGGAUGCAUUCUGAUCGAGUACUAUCUAGGAUUAACGCUGUUUCAGACUCAUGACAGCAAGGAGCAUCUAGCCAUGAUGGAAAGAGUGCUAGGACCAAUACCUGCACACAUGCUCCAGCAAACAAGGAAACAGCGCUAUGUUCAUCAUGGGAAGCUGGACUGGGAUGAGUACAGCUCAUCAGGGAGAUACGUGAGGAAGCACUGCAAGCCUCUUAAGCAAUACAUGUUCACCAAGAGCUCAGAACACGAGCAGCUGUUCGACCUGCUCCAGAGGAUGAUGGAGUACGACGUGUCCAAGCGCAUCACCUUGGAGGAGGCCAUCAGUCACCCGUUUUUCACUCCACUUAGGGAAGAGAGUGAUACUAAGUGAACUUUUGAUCAGUUGUUUGACUCUUUUACACCUCCCACGGAGACUCCUGCUGACUGUAUCAGUCUGCUUUACCGCAGCAAUACGACUAAGUGUGAAUAAAAUGCCUGCCGCUACAAACUGCUUGUCGGUUCUUUGAUGUAAGAAUGUACAGAUGACAAAACAAGAAUUCUGCCGAUUUCUCAUUCAAAGUUGCCUGAUUGCAUAAUGUACAUAUUUAUUUUGUGAUUUUUGUGUUAAUUAAACUUUACUACAUUUUCAGACAA